UUAAAUCUGAUUAGUCUUUAAGGUGCCUCAAGACUUUUAAUAAUAAUUUUUAAAUCAUUUCUUAAUUCUACCCUGCCCAUCUUUUAAAGUGGUUGGCAAGGGGUUGGCUUGUUGUUCCCCAUCUUAAGGCUGUUGCUGCUCUCCUCGCCCAAUCUCACCCUUUUUUGUUUUUUUUCACAGGGUAUGUUCAACCUCUUGGAAGAUUUAUAAUAAUUUGGUUUUUGGGGGGUGGGGGAAAGAAAAGCCGUUCGUUGCACGACUGCUAGGGUUUGGAUUGGACCCCAAUACUGCCAAUUGGAUGCACACACAUAACUGCAAAUAUUUAUAAUUGUCAGAAAUAGGAUGUGACAGUAAAAGGUUGUCCUGCCACAGAUGGAUUGUUUGGCUUGCUUCAAAACACAUAUUUUUUCUAGAGACUGGAACUCAGAUUUUAAAAAUAAAUCAAUGUAGUUGGUAUCCUAAAUGCGUACUGUACAUUACUCUAAUGCAACUUCCCCAAAUAUUUAUAUUUUCCAAUUGUAAGUAGUAAAGUAAUUGGAUCUCAGAGACUUGCAAACUACAUCCAAAAUUGUUUCUGAUUGAUUAUUGGGGGUUUUUUGGCCAUCUUGCUGCCAAAUUUAUUGCAGCAGUCCUGAGGACCAGAAACUUUUAAAAAGAAUAGAAAUUCUUACAGUUCCAGUGUAUGCUUUCUUGCUAAUCCAUCAUAGCAUUAUCUUGAGAUUCUAAUAACAUGGAAGCUGCUUAAUUAUGUCAGAAAGUUCUGUUUUAUGAAGGAUGAAAAGUAUUUUAGCCUUGGGAAUGCCAAAGAGGGUUUGCAACACAAUCGUACACAAAUCUACUAAAAAAAUAAAUCCUUCAGAGUGCAACAGGUCUUAGUGCUUGAUGUAGGAUUCCAAUGUUAACCACUAAUUCAAAUGAAAAUAGGUAUUGGUCUCUGAAAUGUGAAAUCUACCUAGAAAGGAGGAAAUGCCAGAGGAAAUUAGACUGUACUAUGACAGAAUACCAGGGUUCAGAUUCUAAAUAUUUCUUUUGUAGUCUGUUCUGUAAUGGAAGAAAAUGGAGUUGAACAUGCAGCCAGUAUGGAGAGAGCUAGUGACUUAUUGGUCAACUCUAAUAAUACUGAAGAGGUGGAAACUGAAGACCAAGUAUUCCAGCAUCUAGCAUACGUGGAAACCGGGGACCCAUCCUUUGGGCCAAAUGUUCCUCAAGCAGUCCUGCCCAUCACAGCGCCCAUUUUGGAAGAUGUCUCUCAGUCACUGAAUGCACAAGUGCAGCUGUCCCAGACGCUCCCUUUUUCAGCAGAAGGGUUUCAACUUGUACACCAGAGUGGCCAUCCCCUUUAUGAAGUACAAUCCUCAGAGGGGUCCAGCACUCACAUGAUGAUAGUUGCCAGCCAGUCUGAAAAUGGGCAAGUGCUGCACGUUAUUCCUUCUCAGCCGGGAAUGGCACAAGUGAUUAUUCCCCAAGGUCAACUUCUGGAUGUCACCAGUUCUCAGGAAGAGAGAAAUGGUGGGAGUUUGCGAACUGUUGCAGUGGCUGCUGUUGCAGACGGUACAAGCAGAUACAUCCUUCACCCUCAAGCUUCUCUUACGGUGUCCAAAGCAACAGCCACCAGGUUAUUGGAAGACACUUUUCCAGUUUCCCCUCAACCGUUGUCCUCAAACACACCUACCUGGGCUCGCCGUCUCAGGAACUGUGAGAAAAUUGGGGAUUCAUACCGUGGCUAUUGUUCAAGCGAAGCAGAAUUAGAGAAUAUUCUAACAGUGCACAAGCAGCAAACACACAGCGUGUGGGGAACGCGCCAGUCUCCAAGCCCAGCUAAACCUGCCACGAGGCUGAUGUGGAAAUCACAAUAUGUUCCAUUUGAUGGGAUCCCUUUUGUCAAUGCUGGAAGCAGAGCCAUAGUGAUGGAGUGCCAAUAUGGGCCCCGGAGGAAGGGUUUUCAGCCCAGGAAAACUGGUGAACAGGAGGACAUUUCCUGCCAAGUGUACAAAGCCACCUGCCCUGCAAGGAUCUAUAUUAAGAAGGUCCAGAAGUUCCCCCAGUAUAGAGUUCCGACAGACCCCAAAAUUGAUAAGAAAAUUUUACGUGUGGAACAGGAGAAAGCUUUCAACGUGCUGAAGAAAAACCUGAUUGAUGCUGGUGGGGUUCUCAGGUGGUAUGUGCAGUUACCUACUCAGCAGGCUCAUCAGUAUCAUGAGCUAGAGAUGUGCCUCCCACGAUCGCCAUUCUCCAUACCUUCUUCUGAGGGAGAGGACGAUGCAGGCAAAGACGAAAGCUGCCUGCUGCCCUCGCGACUUCACCCGCAAGUUGCAGAUAAGAUCCGAGAGCUAGUGUCUCAAGGAAUAGAACAAGUCUACGCAGUGAGGAAACAGUUACGAAAAUUUGUGGAACGAGAAUUGUUCAGACCUGAUGAAGUACCAGAGAAGCACAACUUGUCUUUCUUUCCUACUGUAAAUGAUCUCAAGAACCACAUUCAUGAAGUGCAGAAGUCGCUAAGAAACGGGAAGAUAUUAUACAACUCAGAAACUAUUCCGGCAAUGCUUCAAUGGACAACAGACAGUGGUAAUAUUCUUACUGAAACAGUGACUGUUACACUUGCCUCUUCACCUACUGAGGCAACUCUUGAAACGGACCAAUUGAACUGAAAAACACAUCUUACUCCUGGAACUGGAAGGGAGCUCACCAGAGAAAACCAUAAUCAAAGUGGAAUCAAAUGGAGCAAGGGAGCUCUUAACUUCAGAGUUACUCCAGCCCAUAGUAUUUACCCAGCAAAAGGGUUUACAGUUGCAAUCAUUUGAUGAAGCAGCAGCCCUUCUGAGGGUUGAUAGCAAAACACCUCUCCAGCCCGCAAGCCUUACGCAUUCCACAAGGAGGCACUUAACCAUCCGGCCUAUAUUCAAUAAGGAUAAUAACCUUCAAGCAAGUUUCAGUCAAGCACAGAACAAUGCUACAACAUCAGCGCUUGGAGAACAACAUGGACCAAAUCAAAGGGUUGUGGCUUUGGGUCAGUUUGUAACUGUUGGCAGCUUGGGGGAUGCUGAAGCUCUUGAUACGAAUCAGAGUCUUUUGGGAGAUGAGCAGACCGUUCCCACACAGACGGCAGACAACUGUCCAGCUCUUAGAGAAGGAAGCAGCAGCAGCUGAAGAAGGGGACACUGUCUGCAGAGGUCAAUAAACAAAAGAACAGGCACUAUAUCCAGAGAUGGACAAAUACAGAGACUUGCAAGCACCAUCUGUGCUUGAGUCUAUGAAGGCUGUUGAGAACUUGGAAUGAAGAUAGGUCAGGUUUUGAGAAGACAUUAUUUGAUGCAGGCUCCUUAUGACAAUCUGUAAUAGACAACUGCUUUGAUUUACAGCUGAUCUGAUUCACUGCCAGUUCCAGAUCGUUCCUCAUGUGAAGCUACUCGUGUCUUCCUUCUUUGCAUGAUGUUUCAAUACCCAAAUGACCUGUUGUGGUCAUAUUUGAGAAGACCUUCCGAAAUCAGAUUGCUGAGGGGAUUAUUAUUGGUUUUUUAAAUAAUUUUGAGCCCAAUAAUGUCUGCUCUCACUGAUUCCUCUCCACCUGGGGACCCUUUAACUUGUCUCAGCACACACAAGGACAUUUGCCUCGAUAGCAGCAGCAAUGGAAUUCCAAGAGACAUUUAUUAAUUGAGACCCAGCCAAUUAGCAGCUGAAAAGGGGAGAAAACGAUUUUCCUGGGGAAAAGAAUUGGGUUGCCAGCAAAAAAACAACUGUUGAACUUGUAUGAUUAGCUGACAUUGUGGAAGAAGGUUUCACCUGAUACCUACAAUUAACCUUCAGAUUUAUUGAUGGUGUUGUCUUUUCUCAUUCUGCACUCCAUAAUACUGAACGGGCCGGCAACCUAUGGAGCACGGUGGCUAAAAAGAGCCCUUACAUUUGGUGAAGAGUUACUCUUCAGUUGAUCUCUCUCUUGUUACACUGUGCGCUGUACCCUUCGCAGAGAAGUGCAUGGGAUUUAAAGCCUACUGCUAAGUCAUGCUCAUUCAUGUGGUAGAACAGACUUCUAAAAUCCAUAAUGUGUCUUGGCUGUUCAAGAAAUACAUAGCAGUCCCAUCCGUGAGUUAACGGGUAAGUUGAGCCUUCUGUGAUCCCUCCAACCCCCUUCAAGAAAGCUUUAAGAAUGCAAAAGAGAGUGAUAGUUCUAAUGUGAAGACUGCCAGUUUAUUAUUUGUUGAAGUUAUAUCAUGCCCUUUCUCCUGAAAGCGACUAGGGUAGCAAACUGUUCCACACUUGUGGGGGGGGACUGAUAUA